CUAAACAUAAACAGAAAAAGUUAUGUCAUUUAUUUAAUUAUAUUGUACAAAAAUUACAUUUGUUUAUUGAAAAUAUCUUUAGAUACGAUCGUUUAAUAUUAUUUACAAGCUAUCAUGGAAACAUGCGUUAGAGGAUUUUCUUUUAUGCCAGAUACGAAAGUCGAUGUGGUAGAUUUAAAAUACGUUGAAAGUGAGGAAUUAGAGAGAACUUGGAAAACAACAAGAAGAGAACGUCUUAAACAGCAAGAAAUGAAAAUUUGGGAAGAAUUCGUUAAAGAAGAAGACAUUGUUCGUAAUAUUAGUCGAGAUGAUCCAUAUCAGUUCAUAGAUCAAUUACCCGAGUCAUGUAUAAAGGAACUAUUAGAUGUGGAACUGCAGAAAAUGAAACAAGAAAUUGAAGAAGUUGAGGCUGACGAGAUUGAAGUGACUGAUGACAAAGAAGUGAACAAUCAGCAUGUGGUGACAUUUACUGAAGAUAUUGAGAAGGAAUGUGGAAUGUUAAACAUAUUUGAUGAUGAUAAAGACGAUGAUGUGUCUGGACCAGAAGAUGAAGUGCUUAAUGAUUCCAUUGGAAGUCCAUGCACAGUGCGAGAGAGACAAGUAGAAGAUGAUACUCAAUUGCCAGUCUCAAAACAUCAAAGUUCAGAUAAAAUAUCCUGUAAGUCUUCAGAUGAGAAUGUGACUGAUAUGAUAGAAAGCAAUAUCUACAGCGCUAAGAUCAAGGAAUUGAAGAUUAAAAUCAAUGAGGAACUCGUUAGUAUUCUUGAGUUUUUGGAAAAAGAAGACUUCAGGAGCAUGGAUCCAGUGGAUGUACCGAAAAUGAUGAAACGCUCCGUUGAGUUCAGUUCGCGGUUCAGUCGCGUGCACGUGUACCCGCUGCAGCGACAGCUGGCGGAGCUGGAGCGGCAGGCGCGCGCGGGCGCGGCGGCGCGACACACGCACGCGCGCGCGCACCGCUCGCGCCUCUGCGCGCUGCUGCACGGCCUGCUCGCCGCGCUGCAGGUACGCACUCGAAAGCCGUAG